AUGCAUCGCUCCGCGCGCCACGUCGCCGCUCCCGCGUCCUCGAGCAAGCCGCGCCCGCCGGGCAGCCUGAAGAUCCUCAUCACCGGCGCGGCCGGGUUCGUGGGCCAGAUCGUCGCCGAGGCGCUGCUCAACGACGAGCAGGGCAGGUACGAGGUGCUGCUUGCCGACAUUAUCGAGCCGCCCCUGCCCAAGGGCGUCAAGUGGCCGGACAAGGCCAUGCUGGUGCAGGCCGACCUGCUCAAACAGGCCGACAGUGUCGUCGAGAGUGAUCUGGAUGUCGCAUUCGUGUUCCAUGGCAUCAUGAGUUCGGGAGCCGAGGCGGACUUUGAGCUCGGCAUGAGCGUCAACUUUGAUUCCACCCGCGCCUUGCUCGACACCCUGCGCCGCACCGCCCCCGGCGUCAAGGUCAUCUACACCUCGACCCAGGCCGUCUACGGCGGCGUCGACACCAUCCCCUUACCCGUCACCGAGGCGGUCCGCGCCACGCCCCAGACCUCGUACGGCUGCGAGAAGAUGAUGUGCGAGUACCUCAUCAACGAGUACACGCGCCGGGGCUUCAUCAACGGCUUCAUCUUCCGCCUGCCCACGGUCUCGGUGCGCGCGGGCAAGCCCACCGCCGCGGCGUCCUCGUUCCUGUCGGGCAUCAUCCGCGAGCCGAUGCAGGGCCAGGAGUGCGUCAUCCCGCUCACGGACCGCGGGUGGAGCCACUGGCUCACCUCGCCGCGCGUGCUGCUGCGCAACCUGCUGCACGCGCUGGACCUCGAGCGGGACGCGCUGCCCGACUACGACCGCGCGGUGAACCUCCCCGGGCUCGGGGUCACGGUGCAGGACAUGAUGGACUCGCUGGCGAGGGUCGGCGGGGAGGACAAGCUGCGCCUGCUGAGGGAGGAGGACGACCCGGCCAUCAGGCCGAUCCUGGACUCGUGGCCGGCGCACUUUGACAACACCAAGGCGCUGGGGCUCGGGUUCGAGCGGGACACGAGCUUUGAUGAUAUCGUGAGGGACUUCAAGGACGGGCUGGAGAAGCAGAAGUCGUCGUCGUCGGGUUAA